AAACAGGUUUAGCAUCGGAUUUCUCAGGCAACGCGAUCGUCGGUGACAUCACCCUUCUUCCAGCAGAAACAUGGCGACAAGGUCGGAGGACGUUCUCGGUGAAAAGUGGGAUAAAUGUGUCGCCGACACGUUAAUUAAAGUUGGUACCGGCUUCGGUGUUGGGGCCCUAUUUUCCCUACUGCUGUUCAAAAGGCGUGCCUGGCCUGUCAUAUUCGGCAUCGGUAGCGGAUUUGGGAUGGGCUACAACAACUGCCAGCACACGUUCAACGAGCCUACAUUGCUGCGCGCCUACGCGCUAAAGGCAAAACAGAAGGAUGCAACACCAGCAGCCACCGCACACAAAUGAUCCUCUCCUGCCAGCUGUACUUAUGUGUUCACAUGGGCUACAAGAUUCUAGUUUUAUGUUUCUUUAUUAAACACUCUUCUGGCUAGUUGA